AAAGGAUUUGAUCGUUUACUCGCUACUCAUUUCUGCACAGAGAUAGUUCGACCACAACUCGAAUAUGGUCUAGCUAUUAGUCUACCCAGUGCAAAGAAUAUCCAACAACUGGAAUCUUGUCAAAACACAUGCAUAAGACGGAUAUUUGGUGGCUCUAGUCAAUCAUCAGUAAAGGUGAUGCUUCAUAUGGUAAACCAACCAUCAAUGAAGGUUAGGUGUCCAUCCUGCAGACCCAAUUCGUUUCCGUGCUAUUGA